UAAUAAUUUAUCCGAUUCUUAAGCCUGCUUGUCUGCUUUAAGCAUCAAUGGCAUCCGAAGACAAAAAAGUAGCCAUCUCCCGCCCCGUCCACCAAACCCUAGUUUUCACCCCCGUGCCCUUCGCUCUAUGCUUAGCCUUCAGCUUCUAUUUUAUUCUCAUUCAGAACCUUAAUAGUCCUCUCGCCCUCGCCAUCAAGCUCGCCAACGGCGUCAUCCAAGCAACCAGUGCCUUCAAGUACCUUAAAUCACCUUCACCUUCUUUUGCCACACUCUUCUUCGCAUCCAAAUUGGUGAUUAAAGGCUUCAAGAUCUCCCAGCGCCUGAUUCCCACCGGCGUUGUGGUGGGACCCUCUCCCUCACCUAUCGCCGCCAGAAAGCUCAAAGCUUGCGUCGCCGCCAUUAAUCUCUUGCGGUACGCGCGCCACCCUCCUUAUGCUAAUAUGCCUAUGGGAUUAGGGUUUCUUCACAGCGGGCAAAAGUUUUCCAAGAAUAUCCUUAACGUAUUGGACGGGUUUAUCGGGCUUCAGCUGGAUGCGGUUGUUAGAAGAAGUGUGGAUGCCUUGGGUUUGCUUUUUAAGGCCGCGGUUAUCUUGAGAGUGAUCGGGGAACGGGUUGGAAGGAAUGGGUGGGUUUGGAGGCGAAACAGGUAUAUGUUUUGGAGAGUUUGGGAUUUGAGAUGCGUGGUUUGCCUGCGGUGUAAAAGAUCAUAUUUUGAUAGAAUUGUUAUAGAGAAGAGACUUCCUUGUUUUAGGGGUUUGGAUUUUGGUGCUUGUAAUGUUGCUGGAGUUAAGCAAAUGGAAGUUAGUGUGUCUGAACUGCUUUCAUUGUCCAUUCCCCUAGAAAAGGUGGAUAUGCGAAGUAUAUUGCAAAGACAGUAGCUGUACUCUGCGAUUUCAUACUACUGCUCUAGACAGUUUAUUAGUCUUUAUUUUAAGAAAUAAGUAUCAAUUUUUUGUUCUUUCUGCUAAAAAAAAACAUUUGUAAAUUGUUAGAUGGGCUGUAAAUCUUGUUCUUAGCAGGUUCUCAAGAAAGGAAGCUUCUUAUCUACCUAGAGUCCAUUGUUCAUAGGCUUCAUAUGAUGUUAAGAAAGAAGUAGCUUGUAACAACCCUGUAAGGAUCUGUGAUAAAUUUUGAUUUGGGGACGCUGCCAACUUCAAGAAAACACAAGAUUCAGAAGGGGAAGAAGAGAACAAUCUCUACAAGGGCUUUACUUCAUUUUAUUGCAUACCCUAAUACAUCCAAUAGGAGGUAUAUCUAUAGAGACACAAGAUUCACUUUAAAAUAACGCUAACAUAAACUGCUAUAGAAUUAACCUAUUAACAUUAAGAUAAACCACUAUAGUGUUAAUUACUAACCCAUUUAACCGUUAUAAUCACCUCUUAAGCAUCUAUUACUCAUAAUGAAUGACUGAAUUGAUUAAGCACUCAUUACACAUAUUGAUUGUAUUUUUAUCCAUUGCAAAGUAACCUUGAACUAUCGAUUUGAUUUAUUACUCAUUACACACAUUGAUUAUAUUAUUAUCCCUUGAAAAUUUACCUUGAUCUUAAGUUUAAACUUAAUAAAAGAAGCCACUCAAGAGAGGAUAAAUUCAAGUGAGGAACUGUUGACCUUUUUGACAUUGAUUACUUACAUAUUUUACCUCGAUUCGUUGUCGACUUUGAAAUUUAAUUUUUAUCACAUAUUAUUCUUUAUUAUAUUUGAAUAUAUAUGUGGUUCGGUUGGUGCCAAAUUGAUGAGUGCUUUAUAUGAAUUCAUGCAUUUGAGUCUUUAUUGCACGUAUUCAUCUCCUACAUAAAAUCUUUUGAUUUGUGCCUCAUUUUGUGCAACUGAUUGCUUGAGCUCGUUCGGAUCAUCAAGACCUUUCAAAAGAGUUUAUUUGCGUUAGAGUCGGACACCACUUGAUGUGUGUAGAGGAGAGAGAAUUGUAGGGGUAUUUUCUAAUAUAUUUAAUAAUUAAAAUAAACUAAAAUCAUAAAAAAGGUCGUCCAACACACUCACAAUUCACUACUCACACUCCUGUGCAUAAGAAGGUCGUCUCCCUUGCUUAUCGGGAUGAAAUCUCUCCUUCACUAACGAUAUCCUUCUCUUCCUCCACACGCCAUCAGUUGGAUCUGCCCCUCGCCAGCUGGAUCUGUCCACCACUAGUCGGAUCCUGCCCUCACUAGCCGGGUCUGUGCACCACCAGCCCGAGCCCAUCUCUUGCCCUCGCCAAAUUUGCCCCUCACCAGCCCGAGCCCAUCUCUUGCCCUCUGAUUCGCACGCAACAGCAGCCCAAUGCCUCCUCUACAUCUCUCCCUCAGGCUCACAUCUCCCCCUAUAGCAGAUUUCGGCCAGCAUACUCCUAUAGCAGAUUUCGGCCAGCAAUAGAGGGAGGAUUUGAUGCAGAUUUAGCCAACAAUAGAGGGAAAACAGCUUUACAUUUUGCCAGCAAUAAUAAGGAAGAAUAGCUAUAUGUUUCAGCCACCAAACAAGAAGAAUAACUGCAGAUUUGGGCUAGCAAGGAGGAGAAAUCUGCUCAACAUUUCAGCCGCCAAAGAGGGAAGAACAUCAAAUUGAAGAUCUUUAUAAAGGUAAUGGACAGAGAUGCUAUUUAUUUAUUUCCUUCAUUCUUGAGAUCUAGUGAUUAAAAGUUGAAAUGAUAUUUUGGAGCUUCUAUUUUCCUUUCAAUUACAUUGAGUAAUUGUGGCAUUGAAAAUGUUUCUUUUGAGAGCAAGAAAAAGGAUUCAUAUAGCCGAGCCCACGUAGUGGGACAAAGGCUUGAUGUUGUUGUUGUUGUUGUUGAGAGCAAGAAAGAAAAACAUUCUCAUUUUCUUCUCCUUUAAAAAAAAUCAAAAAGUAAUGAAGCAAUGAGUGAAGAUAGAAUGGAUUUAUGUCUCUAUUGUUGAUAUAAUAAAGUUCCUGUCAUCCAUUUUUACAUAUGUAUUGCAAUUCAAUGUGUGAAUAACAUUCAUCUUGGUUUGAGUUGA